GCCGCGCCAGCUACAACACCAGUGUCUCUCAUACCAAACAGCAUAACCACCACCAGAGCUAGCAAACAUGGUCAGACCGCGUUCCGAGUUCGCAUAAUCUACUGUGCUGAUUUACAUCGUCUGCAGUCGAUCAUGGAAUACAACGGUGGCUCCGUUUUAGCCAUGGUAGGGAAAGAUUGCGUCGCCAUUGCUUCGGAUAUGCGGUUAGGAAGUCAAGCGUUGGGGAUAUCUUCAAAUUUCCAGAGAAUAUUUCCUGUAACUGAUCGGGUAUAUGUUGGCCUACCUGGGUUGGCUACCGACGUGACGACACUUCGGGAGCGCUUUCGCUAUCGGGUCAAUAUGUAUACCAUCAAGGAGGAGAGAGAGAUAGAACCAGAGACUUUUGCCCACUUGGUUUCCUCGACGCUCUAUCAGCAUCGAUUUGGUCCUUACUUCAUCGAACCAGUCAUGGCUGGUCUAUCGAAAACGCCCUCCGGAGGUUACAAGCCUUUCAUCGCUGCCACAGACCUUAUAGGGUGUCUAAACUUUGCAAAAGACUUUGUGGUAGCUGGUACAGCGAGCGCGAAAUUGUUUGGUGUGGCAGAAGGUCUUUGGGAACCAGACUUGGAAGCGGAAGAUUUGUUCGAAACCAUCUCGCAAACGCUCUUGAACGCUGUCGAUAGAGACGCGUACUCUGGUUGGGGAGCAAUUGUCCAUGUCAUUACCAAGGACAAGAUUAUCACGCGUACAUUGAAAGGUAGAAUGGAUUAGAUUGUAACAGCAAUUCACAAUGCACAUGUCCGAGUCAGAUGUAUCUCCGCUUACAGAGCUAAUUAUACUUGCUCUAGUGCCAUAUGAGUAUCGCCAAUAUUUGAUAAACGGCGAUGUUCACGGAGCUCAAUUGAGUGGUUCAAGUCUGUAUUUUUGUACCUGUGAUGCAGACGCGC